AUGUACGCUGUGUUGUUCUCCCUCUUACAAUUUACCUUGCUCUCCACGGCGCAAGAUCACAUCUUUAUCCGCGACUAUUUCGUGCACAAGAAGGUACGGAAUGUUAUAGGAUUCUCUUGCGGUGAUAUUGCAGGUGACUUCAAUCUUUUGAGAACGCUGAGCACCACGGGCAUAUUCACGAUAAUAAGAGAGCCCACCAUAAAAAUCGACAUCCGCAGGUUCUUGAAAAGCGAAACGUGGACGAUUGGUGUAAUCGUCGAUCUGCGUUGCCAGAACGAAACUGCCGCCCGUAUUUUUGCCGAAAGCUCGAAGUACCGGAUGUACGAUUAUUCGUACAAUUGGUUGGUGCUGGGAUCGAAUUACAAUCAGAGUGUUCCUCUGUUGAACGACACUGCAUACAAUAUUGUGACCGACCUGGUCCUCGCGAUAUCGAACAAAAAUGGCUACGAUCUGUACGACGUUUUCAAUCAUUGCAAAUAUCGCGGUGGUUCGUUAAACGUCACUGAACUUGGUACUUGGCGGCGUGAUGUCGGGCUGAACAUCACUUUAACGCAACCUUUAAUUAGGAGACGAGCGAACAUGCAUGGAAUGAGAUUGAAAAUAUCUGGUGUGAUACAAUACAGACCAAAAGACAUGCGUCUCGAGAACUACAUGCAGGACAUUAAUACGAGGUCCCUGGACAGCAUGCACAAAUUUGUGCACGCCAUGAUCUUGCACACUGGAGAUCUUUUUAAUUUCAGUGUACACGCUUCCGAAAUAAUCUACUGGGACAGACACAGUGUGCACGGUUUGAUUUUCGAAUUCUUACAAGCGAAUUAUAUCGACUUCGCCAGCAACCCGAGAAUCAUGGUGUCUGAGCGGUUGGACUAUGCUACCCUCAUUGGCGCAGCAUGGCCUAUUCGGCCCUGUUUCAUGUUGCUGUCCACGUCCACCAACAAGAUCAAACUGGAGAUCUUCUUGAAGCCUUUCACAAGACAGACAUGGUACACGUUCGCAGGUUUUGGAUUUUUCUCGAUAUUCGUCAUGAAAUUGAUAAUGAACCGCGAAGGGAUUGGAAAACGAGAAAAGUAUUCCGGAGCAGUGGUGCUGUCAGUAGGAAUCAUAUCGCAGCAAGGUGCAAACUUGACUACCAGACGUGUAGCAAGCCGCAUCGCGUUGUUCCAAAUCACUAUACACAGUUGGAUAAUGUACAAUUACUAUUCUGCUAGUAUUGUCUCGGCUCGAUUGAGCGAACCCCUCGACAUGAUGGAGGAUUCGGUGACCGUUCUUGCCGAUAGCAAAUUGAAAAUCGCUGCGGAGGCCGUACCUUACCUAAAUUACUUUCUGUAUAAACUGAAUUGGGAAUCGGAUUAUUUCCGAAAGAAACGCUGGGAUCCAUUGCCAGAGUCGAAAAGGUACUUGCCGAUAGAGGAGGGUAUCAAACAAGUCAGCCAAGGUAUCUUAGCUUACCACACGGAUCCGAACACCGCGUAUCCAUACGUCGAGAGGAUGUUCGAUUCCAAUAAAAUUUGCGAGUUGACGGAGAUCCAUUUGUUUAAACAGUCCGUGAUGGGCAUGUACGCCAGCCAUAAUGGGCAGUUCAUCGAGAUCGCGAAAAUAGGAUUGACGAAAAUGUUUAAUACUGGCCUUCGGGAUCGUCAAAUUAAGCAGUGGUCGUCGAGAAAGCCUCAGUGCCAACCGGACACUUUGUCGACGAGAAGUAUCACGAUUUAUGAAACCGCUCCGGCCUUAAUUUUGCUGGCGCUCGGCAUCCCCCUAGCUGGAAUAAUAUGCAUCGCUGAAAAUAUCAUUUAUAAACGCUCGAUAAAGACAAUGAGCCGCAAGAAAAUAGUCGGUGCCAGAGGAAGCAUUACCAGUGGGAACAGUAGAGACAACUUACUGGAUUUGCAGCUUUAA